UGUCACUUGACGGCGGCCAGCUUCCGAAAAGAGCGGAGGUCCCGGAUGUAGGGGGCGGGCGUAAAAGGGAUCUGUAUACCCAGCCCCGGACCCGGAAUCUCCUUCCGCCGGGCUCUCCGGGUCAUGUGCAGAGUGUCCGGCUCGCCCUCCUCCUCCUCCUCCCUCCGCGACGAUGCUGCCUCAGGUCUUCGUGCUCUCCGCCAAGGGCGACCGCCUCCUCUAUAAGGACUUCCGCGGCGACGGCGACUCCGAGCUGGUCGAUACCUUUUGCCAGAAGAUUGCUGCGCUGCCGGGGGACCAGGCGCCCGUUUUCAUGCAGGCGCGCCAGGGACUCCACUUCGCGCACGUGCGCCACGCCGGGCUGUACUUCGUGGCGACAUUGCUUCCCAGCACCUCUCCCUUCACAGCUGUCGAGUUCCUCAACCGGCUGGUGACUCUCCUCCGGGACUACUGUGGCUCUCUGAGUGAGAAGACUGUCAGCCUGAACUUUGCACUCAUCUACGAACUCCUGGAUGAGCUCUUGGAUUAUGGCUACAUCCAGACAACAGCGCCUGACGUGCUGAAGAACUUCAUCCAGAUGGAGCCUGUGCUCAGCCAGCCCUUCAGCCUUCUCGACCUCAGUACGGUGGGCCUGUUUGGAGCAGAUACACAGCAAAGCAAAGUGGCUCCCAGUUGCGCAGCUGCCCGUCCUGUCCUGUCCCUGCGGGGGGAACAGAGUUCGCGGCCAGAGGUCUUCCUGGACGUAGUGGAGCGUCUCACGGUCAUCAUUGCAGCGAACGGAACCCCCAUGAAGACUGACAUACAAGGGGAAAUCCGCCUCAAGAGUUUCUUUCCUGGCUGCUCCGAGAUGCGGGUUGGCCUCACUGAAGAGUUCUGUGUGGGCAAGACUGAGCUGCGAGGCUAUGGCACAGCAGUGCGGGUGGACGAGUGCUCCUUCCACAGCUCCGUCAAGCUGGACGAAUUUGAGCGCAGCCGCAUCCUCCGCGUAAACCCCAGCCAAGGGGAGCUGACUCUGAUGCAGUACCAGCUGGCGGAUGACACCCCUGCGGCCUUGCCCUUCCAUCUUUUCCCCACCAUCAACCACGACCCCAAUGGCCGAGUGCAGAUCUACCUCAAGCUUCGCUGUGACUUGUCACCAAAAAGCCAUGCAGUGAACAUCCACCUCCACUUGCCUGUGCCUAAGGCCACUCUAAGCCUCUCCCAGGAGCUGAGCAGUCCUGAGCAGUCCGCCACCUUUCAGCCCUCCACAAAGUCCAUCAAGUGGGUCAUUCCCAGAGUCCAAGGUGGCUCCCAGCUCUCAGCUCUUUUCAAGCUAGAGGUGCCAGGGCUGAGCCGGGCGCGGCUGCUGGAGUUGGGCCCUGCCAACCUCUCCUUUGAGGUGCCAGCACACACAUCGUCUGGUCUGCAGAUCCGCUUCCUGCGCUUUGUGGGGCCGCAGCCGAGCCUCCCUCACCGCUGGGUGCGCUACAUGACCCACAGCGAUUCCUACGUCAUCCGCCUCAGCGCAGGGUAGAUGCAUUAGGGCCCAACUGUGCAACAUCCCUCGCCAGCCCCCGUCAAAGCAGCCUCAUUGCAGGCACCAAAAGUUUUCCAUAAACAGUUUUAUUUCUCAGCCAACAGCAGAACAGAAAUAGUCUCACAAGUGAGAGCAGCUGAGGCAAAACCUCAAGUGCAAAACAACAAAUGGGGGCAAGGAGAGCCCCUAAGGCACCAAAAACAGAUCGUCAAUUAGACAAACAGCACUGGCAACAAGCAACUGAAGCUUCCAACCCCAGGAGGGGCAGCGCAGCAUAGAGCCCCCUGAGAAACUGUGAGGGGGGAGCCUACCUCAGGAAUCCUGCAGGAAAAGGGAAAGCAGGUGUUAAGGGGAGCCAUAUUGCUCUGCCCCGCUCAUUUAUCCUUUAAGAAGCCAUUAGGUAAGAUCCUGCAAGCAAGGAGAGGCCUCAGCUCUGACUCCUGCGGACAGAAGCCAGGCGGGCCAAAGUGGAGUCACUCCAGCAAAGCCAAAAGCAGCCCUUCCUCCCGCCCCCAAGAGGGAAACCAGGGCGCAAGGAGGACCAGGUGCUGCAGGUCAGGCUGGCUGGGGCUCUCAGGGGACCUGGGGGCAGGCAUCAUUCUCCCCCCCCCCCCAUUGCCAGGGGCUUCUUUUCACCUUGCCAAAGGCGACCUCCUCCUCGCUGGUCUCAGACUCUUCCACCACCGCCUCUCCCACUUCCAUCAGGGUCAGCCUGUGAGGCAGAAACAGAGGCAUGUCUUGGCCCAGCAAAGCGACAUUUGCUGCCUGGCCAUGUUGGGGAGGCAGUCUGGAUGGCUCCAAGCUGGUGCCUGUCCCGCCUCUGCCUUUCCACAGCUGCCCUGCAAAGACCAUCUGGUCACAGGAAUCUCUCUCUGGAUGCACAGAUGCCAAGCAGCUUAGCUUUAUUGUAAUAAUGACUAUUCAUAUUAAUGAAUAAAACCACAAACCCAUAAAAUAA